GUCUGAAAGUUUCACCGCUGCUUUUGGAGAGAGAGAGACGCGUUUUACUCAUUUGUACACAGUAAUAUGAGGCACGCUGGGGAAUAGCUGUUGAUUUCGGACACAAUCAUCUGCUGGAGGAAGCUAUCAUUUCAACUAAAUUUGGAACCCGUUGUUACAUUAGAAGGUUUAAAGCAAGGUAAUCAUGAUGUGUGAUGCCAGUGAAAUGUUGGCGGCUGCUCUGGAGCAGAUGGAUGGCAUCAUUGCAGGUUCUAAGGCCAUGACCUACACCAAUGGCCUGUUUGAUUGUCAGUCACCAACUUCACCGUUUCUGGGCAACAUUCGAGCGCUGCAUCUCCUGGAGGACCUGAGGGCUGCGCUGGACCUGAUGGAUCCUGAGGAAAAGGAAAAUAUGCGCAGUCAAGUGUCUGAAACCACAGCCGAGGGUCUGAUGGAGUGGCUACAAGGCAGAUUGACCAAUGGCCAUGGAUCUGCAGCAGGGGAUUUGGUCUACCAGGAGCGACUCUCUCGCUUGGAAAGUGACAAAGAAUGUUUAGUGCUCCAGGUAAGUGUUCUGACUGACCAAGUGGAAGUCCAAGGGGAAAAAAUAAGGGACCUAGACUCGAGUCUUGAGGAACAUCGCAUGAAACUGAACGCUACAGAGGAGUUACUACAGCAAGAGCUGCUUAGCAGGAGUACUUUAGAGGCAGAGAAACUGGAACUGUUGACCGAGAUAUCAAGUCUGAAGCUGAAGCUAGCUGCUGCAGAAGGAGAUUGCAGAGAAAGUGAGGGUCUUUUUCAGGAUGUGAAAGACUUGCGUCUCAAGUUGACAUCCAUGGAGAACGAGAGACAACAGUAUGAGAGAAGCCUCAACUCUACUAAAGAGGAGCUGAUGUCACUACAGAAACAGCUGGAGGAGAGAGAACAGGCACUUAAAAGACUUCAAGACCGAGUCGUCCCAGAAACCUUAAACACUGAACAGUCACAAAGCAAAGAGAGAGAUAUGGAGGUGCAGAGAUUAAGGAGUGUGAUGGAGUCUCUAAAGGCGGCUAAUGAAGAGAAGGAUUUCAGAAUAAAAGAGUUGCAGCAGUCUUUGAUCCAUUACAGGCGAGUUCAAGAUAUAGUGAAGACUGUGCAGGUGUUGAAAGACAACCCUAGUGACGAGGACACAAGAGAAGGGCUGUGUGACACUGAGAUGCUCUCCACAGGAGGAACAGAGGAAACUGAUGAACCUCAGCUUAUUCCAUGUUCAGAGCUGCUGCCUGAAGUCCCACAAACACCCACAGACAGUGUUUCUGAAGUACAGCAAUCUGAAAGGUCUCCUUUGACGAGCAGUAAUGAGGAUGAAGCCAGUAAAAACAGAGGCUCUCCUUCCAUCUCCCCGACUCAGCCCAGCUCAGGGGGAAAUGAGAGUUUUGGCAGUAAGAAAACUCGCUCCUCUUUUGGACGUGGCUUUUUCAAGAUCAGAGGGAACAAGAUGACAGGCAGUGCUCCCAGUCUAGCUGAGGGAGAGCGUAAGGGGACGGAGCACUUGGAUUUGGCCGGAGUGCAAACUAAGAAGCAGAAAGCAUUAGACACACACUCGCCGGAAGGGAAGAAGAAAUCGAAGGGCAUCAUGAAGUUAUUUGGAAGGAUGAAGAGAAGUCAGUCCACCUCCUCUGACCUUGAUGAUUCUCCAGACUCAGAGUUUCGGAGAGGUGGAGUUCGAGCCACAGCAGGACCCAUACUGGGCUGGUCACGUGAUCUGCAGAGGAGCAAUAACAAUGAGCUCAACAUCGCAUUUUCCCGCUGGAGUAAAGAGCAGGUGUGUGAGUGGCUGCAGGAACAGGGACUGGGCUUAUAUAUGAAUCAGGCUCAGCAGUGGAUUAAAUCUGGACACACUUUACUGAAGGCAUCUCAGCAUGAUUGGGAAAAGGAACUGGGCAUCAGGCAUCCUCUACACAGAAAGAAACUGCAGCUGGCUCUUCAGUCACUCAGCUCAGAGGAUGGAGAUGCUAUGGGCAAACUGGACUACAACUGGGUUACUCAAUGGCUGGAUGACAUCGGCCUGCCCCAGUAUAAAUCUCAGUUUGAUGAGGGCAGAGUGGAUGGACGCAUGCUUCAUUACAUGACUGUGGAUGACCUGCUGGGUCUGAAAGUUGGCAGUGUGCUUCACCAUCUCAGUAUAAAGAGGGCCAUCCAGGUUUUACGCCUCAACGGCUACGACCCAAACUGCCUGCGCCGCCGACCAAUAGAGAAUAAUGCCACACCAGCUGAAAUCUGUCAGUGGACCAAUCACAGAGUGAUGGAGUGGCUGCGUUCAGUGGAUCUGGCCGAGUACGCUCCCAACCUGAGAGGAAGUGGAGUUCAUGGAGGCCUAAUGGUUUUAGAGCCUCGCUUCAAUGUUGAGACGAUGGCGCUGCUUCUUAACAUCCCACCAAAUAAGACGCUGUUAAGACGUCACCUUGCGACCCACUUCCAUCUUCUUAUUGGUUCGGAGGCACAGAAACAGAAGCAGGAGUAUCUGGAAAACCCAGAUUACACUGUGCUCACAGCCACAGCUAGAGUAAAGCCGAGAAGAUUGUCAUUUGGAAGUUUUGGGACACUGAGACGGAAGAGGCAAGAGGAUAUGGAGGAGUAUGUUUGCCCCAUGGAUGUGCAGAUGCCUCAAAGCGGCAGUUUCCAUAAGGGCAUAUACGAAGACAGUUUAGAUAAGCUGGAUGAGAUGGAAGACUCUGAGGGUACAGUGCGACAGAUCGGUGCUUUCUCAGAGGAAAUCAACAACCUGACUAGCAUGCUGAAAGAGGAGGAAUUCUUCAGGGAAGCGUCGCCUCAUUCACCUGAAACCAGCGCCACAGACGACGACUAAUGUUUAGACAUGACAAUCAUCGCUUAAGUCUGUAGUUGUGAAAUUUCCCAAAGAACUGAAACCCUGCAGCAAGACACUGUGAUUUUAUUAUGAACGCAAUAAGCUCCACUAGCAGGAUUGCGCUGUGAAUGCAAUAGUGUAACCUUGUGUUAUUUAUACAUUUCGGAUCUGCAGUGUAUCCUCUAACAGU